CUCUCUCUCUCUCUCUCUCUCUCUCUCUCUCUCUGUCUCUCCCUCUGAAAUUCAAGAAAAAUAAAUACACAUGGCGAUAAGGAAAUCGAGCAAGGGGCAGUGUCUCAAACGAAUACUGAAGAGGUGUCUGAGUUUGGGAAAGAAGGACAGCCUCCCGGACGAUGUUCCGAGGGGGCAUUUCGCCGUAUACUUCGGGCAGAACAGAAGCCGACACAUAAUCCCGAUCGCGUGGCUGUCUCUUCCCGAGUUCCAGCCGCUCCUCCGGCUCUCCGAAGAAGAGUUCGGCUUCAACCACGACAUGGGUCUCACCAUCCCUUGCGAAGACAUCGUUUUCCGUACCCUCGCCUCCAUGUUCAGAUAGUAUCCACUGUGCAUAAUAUAUAUCUAUCGGGUUUCUUAUAAUGAAUCGUCGUUUAUUACAAGAAACAGAGAGUUUUCCCCAUGUUUUUUUUUUUGGCGACGAGAUCAAAUCAAGAACAAAAAUAAAAGAAAAGAAAAUGGCUGUAUAUUGUUUUAGACUGUAACUGUGUAUUAGGGUUUAAAUUCCUUGGCGAAGAUGACGAAGAAGGCAGAGAAAUCUUUAGUCGAGUCGUGUUGCGUGAUUUUCCACCACUUGUACAUAAAAACACAUUCUAAAAUUAGAGGGAUUGAAAAGUGUCCGAAUAUCGGAAUCUGAAAUAAAAUUUUGUUAUGGAUAAAUAUGUUCUUUUUUUAUAUUAUUUAUUUUUGUAAGCAUGACGAUCAUUCUGAUAGAGCAGUCCAUAUAUACGUA